AUGCCGGCCCUCACGCCGAGCCGCGCAAGGAGAUCCCCAGGCGCCGGCGCACGCGCGGUCCUCGCAAGACGGACGACGGGCCCGCCGGCGACGCGGCCCGGCGAGGCCUGGAACCGCGCCAAGCGCCUGGCGAGGGAACGGGCGCGGCCGCCGGGGAGUCCGAAGCCGCGGAGCCCCUCGCCGACCAAGGUCGCGGCCGCCGCGCGCCGCGCCCAGGGCCUCGCGGGCCGCUUCAGCAAGGCCGACACGGACGAGGACGACAGCGACGGCCCGCCGGCGACGCCCGCGCUGCGGCGGAGCCCGCUCGCGGCGGCGAACGGGUCGCCGGAGCGGCGGCGGCCGGCGAGCCCGGCCCUCGCGCCCGGCACGUUAACCGAAAGACGCAAGCGCGACGAGGAGCGGCGCGCGGCGCGGGCCGCGGCGAUUUUGAGAGGAGACGACGCGGCCGCCGCCGCGAGGCCGCCGUCCGUGGCGAAGUCGCCGCUGUUGCGCGACGACGACGGCAAGGACGACGACGCCCCCGCGCCGCGCGCGCGGUUCACGCCCCGGCCGCGGGAGGCGGCGACGCCGAGCGCGCCGCGAAGCCGCCAGAGCGCGGCGCCCUCGUCCGCCGCCUCGUCGACGACGGCGACGAACGCGCGCGUCGCCGCCCUCGAGGGCACGGAGACGCGCCUCCUGGCCGCUUUAGAUGCCGCUGCCUUGGCGGCCAAGGACCGCCUCGACGCGUCGGAACGGGAGCGCCAACGGACGCUCGACGCCGAGCGCGCGCUAUCCGAGGCGAACGCCCUCGUCGAGACGUUGCGCAUCGAGCGCGACCGGCUGCGCGAGGCGCACGCCUGCGGCGAGGCGUCGUCGUCGUCCUCCACGGAGACGCGGGAGAAGCUCGAGGGGCAGCUCGACCAGGCGCUGCGGGCGCUGCGGGCCGCCGAGGCGCGCGCGUCCGAAUCCGACGCGACGAUUGCUGCUUUGAAAGCGGAGAUGGUCCAGCUGCGCGCCUCCGCGACGAAGGACCGCGCCGCGGCGCGCGACGCCGCGGAGAGUCUGCGGCGGGCGCGGCUGGAUCUCGAUCGGGCCGUCGCGGCGCGAAAAGAUGCCGAGGCCGACGCCGCGUCCAGCAGAGCGGACGCCGACGACGCGCGGAAGGCGUCAGAGGCGGACCGCCGCGCCUGUAUGGCCCUCGAAUCGAAGUGCCGGGAGUUAGGGGCUAGCGACGUCGACGUCGCGGCGGCGCGCGUCCCCCGAAGGACGGUCCUGGAGGCGAUCCGGGCGCACCGCGAGGUCUGCGGCCUGGUUUGUGCUUUGGUCGUGCUGCUGGACCCCUCUCCAGUACGAGUGGGCGUCGGGCUCGGCGCGCUCGGGGUCCUGGCCUUAAUGUAA